AUGGAGAAAUGGAGUUCUCAAGAAGACGCUGCUUUGAUUACUCUUUACCUUAUGUACGGCCCCCAGUGGGUAACGAUCUCCCGUAUCUUAGAGACCAAGUCUGCUCAUCAGUGUUCAAAUAGGUGGCAAAAUGCACUGCGCCCUGGAAUCAACAAAGAGCCAUUUAAUACCUUCGAACAUGAUACAGUUAGUCAGCAAUACCGUGUUCAUGGCCCCAGGUGGGCGAGGAUUUCUGCAAACCUCCCUGGUCGCACUCGAAAUAUGGUAAAAGCCAGCCGAGAGGAGAUGCAAGCGGAAGAAGAAAGUAUUCGAGCGAAGAUGUCAAUAGCUGGUCUGCUAAACUGA